UUGCAAAGAAGUUAAAACGCUUCCAGAAAAAUUUGAGAUGAAUAGCUUGGAGACUUUUAUUCUAUCAGGUUGUUCAAAAGUUAGAAAACUUCCUGAGUUUGGAAAAGAUAUGGCAUGUCUAUCGAAGCUUGAUUUAGAGAAGACUGCUCUAGCCAAACUACCUCAAUCGUUGGGUAAUUUGAUUGGUCUCGUUGAAUUAAAUUUGACAAACUGCAAAAAGCUGGUUUGUCUUCCAUGUAGUGUUAGCAAGUUGAAAGCUCUGAAAGUUAUCAAAAUUUCUGAAUGCUCAAAGCUUUCAUGGCUGCCAGAGAGUUUGAAUGAAAAUGAAGCUUUGGAACAGCUUCAUUUGAGUGGGAUUGCUAUACAAGGGUUAUCAUUUAGUGACUACAAUAGCGAAACACAAUCUUCAUCAUCAUGGAGUUGCUUAUCCCUUCUUCAAAGGCCUUCAAGCUCCAAAAAGUUUUUGUUGCCGCCGUCUUUGUCGUUCUUGAAAGCAUUAAACUUACGUUUUUGCAAUCUCCAUGAUGGAUCACUUCCUGAUGACAUCAGCAUGUUAUCAUCAUUGGAAAUUUUAGAUCUAACUGGAAACGAUUUCAUUGACUUACCAUCUGGCCUCAUUUCCAGUCUUUCGAAGCUUAAAGGUAUUGGUCUCUGGAGUUGCCCAAGGCUUCGGUCUUUGCCGCAACUUCCGUCAAAUCUAUCAUGUAUAUGGGCUGAAGGUUGUUCAUCACUAAAACAUUACGGAUGUGCAGAUCAAUUAUGGGAUUUCAUUGAAUCAUUUCAACCUCAGGUUCACAACCAUUUAAAUAUGAAGUCAGCAAUUAUAAGAGGGGAUUCAGAAAUUGUGAGUUUUUAGAAUCACCUGUUUUUUUCUUAAUUUCUUUGACAAU